AUGUCGAGUUCUAAAAAAAACUCACGUCAACCUCUUAAUACACGACAGCGUUCAAUUCUAAUUAUGUUUUAUGAACAAAAUCCAUAUCCAUCGACAAUUGAACGUCAACAACUUGUUCAAAUGACUGGUCGAACAUUGAAACAAAUUCAAGAUUGGUUUUCUAACCGACGACGCAAUGAUCCAAAUUUGGUAUCUGGUAAACUAGUUUAUACGUCACUGCCACCGCCACCACCCCCACCACCACUUUCAUCUCUUUCAAUGCCACCAAUUUACUAUUAUACACCAGCAGCACCUCCAUCGACAUCAAACGUGUGUCCAUGUUGUUACUUAGCUCAAUCAUCGCCAAUAAAUGAUCACUCGAUUUAUUCUCCUUGUGCAACAUUUUACUAUCCUUCGUCAAAUCAUACUUUUCAUUCAUGA